AUCGGCAAUCAGUACCACCCUUAACCGCAGCCGCCGCCGCCACCACAACCACCACCGGCUAUACAGCAGUGUCUGUCACCACUAAGCCGCAUUGUAGUUUCCUCUGUCGUCUCUAUUACUGUAAACUUGCUCAUUGGGUUCCUGAGAUGGGAGAAAAUUGUAAUGAUAUGUUAUUUGAGUAAAUUUCACUGUUAAUCUUACCAAUUAGUUUUGGAUAUUUGGAAUUGUUGAAGUAAAGCAAAAUUAGUUUUGAGACAACACCUUUGCAUCUGUUGAGACCUGCAUUGGUUUUCAAUAAAAAAAUUUCGUUCUUAUCCUUCGGGAGAAUCGGGGAAGAGGAGGCUGAAGAUUUGAUCAUUUUGCUUUGGGACUUCUAUAUGCUGCAAUGAAGAGAACAAAAGCGGCUAGCUAUUCAGUUGAUUUAUUUACUAGUUUUUCGCCAAAAACAAUAUGAAAUCUUCACUUCCUCUGUGCCCAAACCUUUUUCCAAAUCUCUUAAUGAUCGUUGAUCUCUGGAACUCUAAAAUACGAGAAGCUGUAAAUGAAAACAACGCCCAUAAAGCCCUUUAUCUUUUUCGCCAAAUGAAGCAAAAUGGCCUAGAACCCAACAAUUUGACCUUUCCUUUCGUAUCCAAAGCCUGUGCCAAGGUUUCCAACCUCGAAUAUUCCCAAGUCAUCCACACCCACAUCAUAAAGUCCCCAUUUUACUCAAAUGUGUUUGUACAAACAGCUAUGCUUGAUAUGUAUGUGAAAUGUCAUCAACUAGACAUGGCGUAUAAUCUAUUUGUGAAAAUGCCAAAAAGGGAUGUUGCUUCGUGGAAUGUGAUGCUUGUGGGUUUCGCACAACUGGGUUUCCCUGAUAAAGUUUUUCAUAUAUUUCAGGAGAUGAGGUCUACAUGGACUUUUCCUGAUUCAAUCACAAUUUUGGGAAUGAGUCAGGCCAUAUCAUGUGUGAAGAAUUUGGAAUUAGCAAAGGGUGUUCAUGCAUUUGGAAUUCGAAUUGGGAUAGAUACUGAUGUUUCUGUUGCUAACACUUGGAUAUCUUUAUAUGCUAAAUGUGGUGAUUUGGAGAUGGCUAAGUCGGUUUUUGAUGGAAUUGAAGUAGGUUUAAGGAGUAUAGUAUCCUGGAAUUCUAUGAUUGCUGGGUAUGCCUAUCUUGAGAACUUUUUAGAGGCUUUUAAUUCUUACAAAUGGAUGCUGUGUGAUGGAUUUAGGCCUGAUAUUAGUACUAUUAUUAGCUUGCUUUCUUCAUGCGUACUGCCAGAGAUAGCUUUUCUAGGUAUGCAGAUUCAUUGUCAUGGAAUUGGAUUUGGUUGCGAUUCAGAUAUUCACGUGGUUAAUACUCUUAUAUCUAUGUAUUCCAAGAGUGGAGAUGUUUACUCUGCAAGAUGUUUAUUUGACAGCAUAUGUAACAGAAGUUGUGUUACUUGGACUGCUAUGAUAAGUGGUUAUGCUAAGAAAGGGGAUAUGGAUGAGGCAUUGAAUUUGUUUAAUGCAAUGGAAGCAGCUGGUGAGACGCCUGAUUUGGUUACUGUACUUUCUAUGAUUUCGGGUUGCAGCCAAACUGGUAUUCUUGGAGUUGGAAAGUGGAUUGAUGCUUAUGCCAAUUCUAACUGUUUAAAACAUAAUGUUGUGGUUUGCAAUGCAUUGAUAGAUAUGUACGCAAAAUGUGGAAGUAUAUGUGAUGCCAGGGAUAUCUUUAAUACCAUGCCCAAUAAAACUGUUGUUUCCUGGACAACCAUGAUUGCAGGUUUUGCUUUGAAUGGAUUAUUUGAAGAAGCUUUGGACCUUUUCUAUAGGAUGGUUGAGUUGGAGUUGAAGCCAAAUCACAUAACAUUUCUUGCUAUACUUCAAGCUUGCACUCAUGGUGGUUUUCUUGAGGAAGGAUGGGAGUGCUUCAAUAUGAUGACCAAAAUUUAUAAAAUAAGUCCUGGAUUAGAUCAUUAUUCCUGUAUGGCAGAUCUUCUAGGUCGUAAAGGAAAGCUAAAAGAAGCAUUGAAAUUUAUUCAAGAUAUGCCUGUCGAACCUGAUGCUGCCAUAUGGAGUGGAUUACUUAGUGCUUGCAAGACACACCAAAACAUCGAGAUUGGUGAAUAUGCUGCUCAUCGCCUUUUUAAGAUGGAGCCCUGUGUGUCCUUUCCAUAUGUUGAGAUGGCUAACAUAUAUGCAUCAACAGGAAGGUGGGAUGGAGUUGCAAGGAUGAGAGCAAUGAUGAAAAGUAACAGGAUUAAGAAGUCUCCAGGACAGAGCCUUGUUGAAGUCAAUGGGAGAAUUUGUGCAUUCACUGUUGAAGACACAGGUCAUUUUGACAGGGAGCUAAUAUAUGCUGUUUUGGAUGGUUUGAUGUUGCAAUCAAAGGAAGAAGGGCCCUCACAACAUUCCGAUGGAACUCCAGAAUUGGAGUUGGAAACUAGUCUGUCUUCACUUAAGAAGAAUGAUAUAGAAUGAUGUGGCUUGAUGUUAUGAGCAUAGACAAUGUGUAGGGUUUGGUUUACAUGGUGCAUUUUGUUUAACUUCAGUUAAACAUAUUCAACAGUGGGUUUUUGAAAGCAGAGGUGAUUGGAUUAUUAAGGAAUUUGGAAGUUUUGGAUUUAAGUUACAACGGGAUUAAUGAGAACCUUCAUUCAGUUCUUUGCUGAAUCUGAGGGUAUUGGCAUUGCUGAAUCAGAGGAAUUGUUGAAUGAAUCAGUGCUGAUUGAAGAACUAGAUGUCAGUGGUGAUGGAUUUACAGAGAUCUCCAUGACACAAAUGGGAACAUGCCUGUAUCAUACAUUGGAAAUCAAUGUUUUCUGUGCCUGGUUGCUUCAUACCUGACUGGUAAUGGCAGAAGACAAUUGGAAUGGAAGGCCUCCAACAAUGGCAUUUCAUCAGCAACAAACAGACAAGAUAUUCAUACAAAAUUAUGAAGGAAUGAGCUGCAUGGUACCUCAUUUCAAUGUCCAUGUAUGCAAGUCAAAAUUAGUUGAACAAAGUUGGGAAGCUUUUGCUGAACGCAUACGCAUUUGAGUAUGAUUCUCAUGAUUCGUGCACAAUGUGGUGGAGAGUUCUUUUGGCAGGUAGCACCUCAUUUCUAUGCAUGUAUGCGAGUCAUAAUUACUUACGUUGCAUGAUUCCAUUUAUAUUUCUUAGUGAUGCUAUUUAAUUUUCUUAUUAUUUUUUUGAUGCUUGACCAAAUAUAGGUUCAUGAAACUCUCAUGUAUUGCUUGCAUGAACAAGCAAUAGAUGACCCAAGUGAAAACUCCUGGAAUCCUUCUGAACAAGUGAAAACUCCUCUGAUCCCAAGUGAAUUGAUGACCAUAGAAGGAACCAGCCUUUGUGACUAUGGUCAUUUUUGGCAGUCAAGGUGCUGCUACUGCUAAAAUAGUUAUCGAAAACACAUUAGCAAUGUUGAUGACUUCUGUUGUGGCUUUUCAGGAGCCUUUGAUAUGGCUUCUAGUUGAAUACAGAGCUGAGAGGAGUUCUUGGUAUGAUUUCUCUUAAUUCAAUACAAAUUUGGUUAAUAGUCUAAUUUAUUGGUUUCCUCUAAUAGGAACUCUCUUUUUCUUUUUGACAACUUUUCACAGACAUGGUUGCAAUGGCAACUAUACUUGUGUCUGCACUUCACUCUGUGAUCUUACUCUUGUAUUCAUGGCAGAUUCAGGCAAAAACUGCUUUGUGGCGUCUCCUCAGUGAUGUAAAACCAGUAAAACAAUAAAGGCGAAAGGAAUAAAAUGUUCAACAUUUUUAUAAA